AAAACAAAAAUUUGUUUCGGCUUCAAAUCGAACGAACAAAACGAACGAAAUGUUAAAGUGUAAAAUGAGAUUGAUAUUGAGUUUUUGUUUCGCGCUUUCGACAGCGGCUAUUAUUCCUGGUGACUUUGUUGACCGGGUCAACGUCGUUGAUAACGAUGCCUACGAAGUUAAGUGGUUAAAUGAGAAGAAUUUCGAAUAUUAUAGUUCAUUUCUGAGUGAUGAAAAUGAAUCUCAGUUAGUAAAUGAUGGUAGAGAAAAGUCAGAUAACCAGCGAGGUGACAUCGCAGCAGAUCUUGAUGAAAAUGUCAACGAUAUUAAUAGAGAUACCACUCUCGAUUCACAGGAGACUUGUAUUGAAGAUGGCACCGAUCCUGGAGAAGAUACUACACCUGAAGGUCUUAGUACAUCGGUUACCAUCAAUAAUGAAACAUCCCAGAGUGAGAACAAUUCAAAUAACGUAACUGAAUCCGACAUGAAGCAAAUUGAAAAUGGAACAGUAAACAUACAAGCGUCAGAGAUCACUCAAUCGCAGGAUUCGGAAAAAGAUAUCACCUUAGAUGAACAAACAGAGGGACAAAAUAACCCCAUUGUAAAUGACAACAAUUCAGUUAUAUCUACUGAUAUGAAUAACGAAACUCCAGCUCAGCAACAAGAACAAGUCAAUGAAGAGGUUAUGUCAAAUAAUGCUCAACAAAAUACAGAUAUUGGGACAACAGCUGCACAAAAUACCGAUAAUGGAGAAAAUGGAGGUCAGCCAUUAAACAACGAGAAAGUAAUUGAAGAAAACAAUCAGAAGCAUGAAGCAGAUAUUGAACAAAAUGAAGGUUCUGAAAGAACUGAACUUAUUAAUGGAGAUCCUGUAUCUGAUGUUGGGACUACAGCUGUACAAAAUACCGAUAAUGGAGAAAAUGGAGGUCAGCCAGUAAACAACGAGAAAGUAAUUGAAGAAAGCAAUCAAAAGAAUGAAGCAGAUAUUGAACAAAAUAAAGGUUCUGAAAGAACUGAACUUGUUAAUGGAGAUCCUGUAUCUGAUAAUGCUCAAGAAAAUAGUGAAACAUCUAACUCUAAUAACAAUCCUGAAAUAUUAACAGAGGAGGAAAAUAGUAGGCAGGAUGAUAGCGGUUCAGUAAAUCAACAGACUGAGGCUAACAAUGAUCGGGAAAAUUCAGACAACCAGUCUCCGGAUACAAAAAAUGUAGCGGAAGAAGCAUCACAAAAACAAAAUGAAAAUGAAUAUAAUGAGGCGGAAGUCCAAGAAAAUGAAAAUAACAACGAAGUAGGUGACUCCAUCGCUGUUGAUAACGAAACUCCAGCUCAGCAACAGGAACAAGUCAAUGAAGAGGUUAUAUCUGAUAUUGCUCAAGGAAAUAAUGCUCAACAAAAUACAGACAUUGGGACUACAGCUGCUCAAAAUACCAAUAAUGAAGAAAAUAGAAGUCAACCAGUGAACAACGAAAAAGGAAUUGAAGAAAGCAAUAAACAGAAUGGAGCAGAUAUUGAACAAAAUGAAGGUUCUGAAAAUACUGAUCUUGUUAAUAUGGAAACUGUAUCUGAUAAUGUUCAAGAAAACAGUGAAACAUUCAAUAACUCUAAUAACAAUUCUGGACAAGAUGAUAGCGGUUCAGUAAAUCAACAAACUGUGGCUAACAAUGAUCAGGAAAAUGCAGAUAACAAUCCAGAAAACCAGUCUCCGGAUACAGAAAAUAUAGCGGGAGAAGGUUCUCAAAAACAAAAUGAAAAUAAAUAUGAUGGGGAGGAUGUUCAAGGAAACAAAAAUAACAAUGAAGCAGGUGAGUCCAUCGCUGUAGAUAACGAAACUCCAGCUCAGCAAGAAGAACUAGUAAAUGAAGAGGUUGUGUCUGAUAUUGCUCAAGAAAAUAGUGCUCAUCAAAAUACAGAUAUUGGGACUACAGCUGCUCAAAAUACCGAUAAUGGAGGAAAUGGAGAUCAGCCAGUGAACAACGAAAAAGGAAUUGAAGAAAGCAAUCAAAAGAAUGAAGCAGAUAUUGAACAAAAUGAAGGUUCUCAAAAUACUGAUCUUGUUGAUGGAGAAACUGUAUCUGAUAAUGCUCAAGAAAACAGUGAAACAUCUGAUGACUCCAAUAACAAUUCUGAAAUAUUACCAGAGUCGGAAAAUACUGGACAAGAUGAUAGCGGUUCAGUAAAUCAACAAACUGUGGCUAACAAUGACCAGGAAAAUGCAGAUAACAAUCCAGAAAACCAUUCUAGUGAUACAGAAAAUGUAGCGGGAGGAGCAUCACAGGAACAAAAUGAAAAUGAAUAUAAUUGGGAGGAAGUUCAAGAAAACAAUAACAACAAUGAAGCACGUGAGCCCAUCGCUGUAGAUAACCCGCCUCAAUUGGACGACAAAAUUGAAACUGACGAGGAAACCGGUCAGUCUGGCGUAAUUUCAGCCGAUGAUGAAGAAUCUCAAAAGGAGUCAGGAAAUGAACAAAUUGUUGAUGUUGUAAUUGAUGAAUCAGGAAAAGAUGCUGUAUAUGAUUCUGUCAAUGAAGACACUGCCCAAAAUUCAGUGCAAGAAGAUGAACCGAAUCAGCAGUCAGCAGACAAAAAAAUAAAUCAGCAGGAAUCUGAAGAUGAACCAGAAGAAAAUAGUAAUGAGUCGGUGAUUGAACAGACCAGUGCUGAUGAAAGUCGAAAUGAUGAUAAUAAUGUAGACAAAUCUGAAAAUGGUUUGGACAACCAAGUUUCUGAAAUUGAAAAUUCUGCAAUGGAAAAAACGAAAGACGAUAACACUAGUGGAGACCAAUCUAUUGAUCAGCAGCCUCAACAAACACAAAAUACUGAUAAUACUACGGAAGACAAAAAAAAUGAAGCUGAACUAGAUUCCGUGGAAGAUGAGGACGGUGACAAUGCUCACACAGGAGAAAAAGAAGAUGAAGUUAGUAACCAGAAGGAUGGAAGUGGGGAAAAAGAAAGAAAUGAAGACACAAAAAAAGAAAAUGAAGAACAGGACGACAGUGACAAUGAUGACGUUGAAAGUGAAGAACAGGAUAAAAAGAACGGAAAUGAGAUAAGGGAAGAAGAAGAACGGCCAGAUACAUCGCGAAAAGAAAACCAAAUUUCUGAAGAUAACAAUUCAGCAUCUGGAGAAAUAGAUAAUAACACUAAUGGAGACCAAUCUAGUAAUCAUCAACCCCAGGAAACACAAAAUACCGAUAAUACUAAGGGAGACAAUGGGAAUGAAGCUGAACGAGAUUCUUCACAGGAUAGGGACGGUGAUAAUAAUAGCAAUUUCCCUGAAGAAGAUGAAGAUGAAGUCAGAAACCAAGAAGACGAAAGUCGAGAAAAAGAAAGAGAUGAAAAUUCCAACGAAGAAAAUGAAAAACAAGAUGAGAAAAGUGACAGUGAUGGAAGUGAAGAACACGAUGGAAAGAACGAAAAGGAGAUGAAAAAAGAAAAGAAACGACAGGAUAAAUUACGAAAAGAAGAAGAAAAGAGAAAAAAAGCAGAAGAAAAAUGGCAAGAAAAGCGAAAAAAUGCAGAAGAGGAAUGGCAAGAAGAGCAAAAAGAUGCAGAAGAGAAAUGGCAAGAAAAAUUGAAAAAGCUUGAAGAGAAGACGAAAAAAAAAGAGAAGGAACUUCAGAAAAAACUGCAGAAACAAGAAGAAAAGAGAAGAAAGGAUGCAGAAAAACAACUGGAGGAAGAAGAGAAAUUGAAAAGGGAGAAUCAUAAUGACAAGAGAAAUAUUAUUAGAAAGAAAAUUGAAAUAAGACAGAAACAACUGGGAAUAUUAGCGGCAUCUGGAAAAUAUUCGUGGUAUUUCUGUGACCCCCAACUUUGCAGAUUACAAUGUGUUGACAAAGGUAACCACGCAGGAUAUUGCUACCCCAAAAGAACAUGUAAUUGUGUCUAAAGUGAAAAGUGAAAUUCAUUUUAGUGGAUUUUUAUAAAAAUAUAAUCACGUGAAUAUUUAUUAUAAUUUCAGAGGUAACAGAAAGAAUACAUAAUAAAAUUAUCAAAUACAAAA